AUCACUACUUUCUUAUCUAUUCACUCAAAAAUGGGAUUUCUCCUGCCUCAUAUGAUCCUCUUCUUCUUCUUUAUUUUUCUCCUGAACUUCCCACCGCUUUCAUCAGCCCAAACUAAUGGAAACAUAACCGUUGGAGUUCCACUCACUGCUACAGCAGGCUCGAAUUCCUCUUGGCUCUCUUCCUCGAGAGAGUUCGCAUUCGGGUUCAAAGAAAUUGCUCCCAACAGCAACCUUUUCUUGCUUUGCAUAUGGUACGACAUACUCCCGGAAAAAACCAUAGUUUGGUACCCGAAAGACACCACUCCAGCUCCAUUAGGAUCCAAAGUUGAGCUCACUCCCGAUAAAGGUGUACGCCUCACCGAUCCUCGAGGGGAAGAAAUUUACAGGUCCCAGUCCUUCUCAGGGACCGCUUCCUAUGGGGUGAUGAACAACACUGGCAAUUUUCAGCUCUUUGGGGAAGAUUCCGGUUCUGAUCCUAUCUGGGAGACCUUUAGCUUUCCCAGCGACACGCUUUUGCCCACGCAAGUCCUUGAGAGAGGCGGCCUCCUCUCUUCCUCACAGAGACAAACUUCUCCUUAGGAAGGUUUCAGCUUCGCCUCCUACCCGAUGGAAAUGUCUGUCUCAACCCUAUAAACUUGCCCACUGAUUAUGCAAACGAAGCCUACUACACAUCACAUACUCCAGGAAAAUUUGCUAAUGAUACAGAGGCUGGCCUCAGGUUGGUGUUCGAUGAGUCGGGCUCUCUAUACGUCUUACGACAAAAUGGGAAAAUAGCCAAUCUCUCAAGCGGGGCUUACCCACCCUCACAAUAUUAUCAUCGGGUUAAGCUGAACUUUGAUGGAGUUGCAGCCCAUUACGUUCACCUGAAGGACACAAGCACUCCAGGGUGGACUCCUGUCUGGUCUCAACCCGAGAACAUAUGCAAGGAUCUUCUUGUCACAGCAGGUCUUGGGGUUUGCGGAUACAACAGUAUAUGCAAUAUCAGAGAAAAUGCUCGUCCCACAUGUAGCUGCCCGGCUGGGUUCACCUUCAUCGAUCCAAAUGACCAUUUUAGCAGCUGUGCACCGAACUUCGCAGUAAGCUGUGAUGAAGCUCAGAGGAACUACACCAGUGAUCUUUUCACGUUUGAGGAGGCUCCAAGCACUGAUUGGCCCACUUCCGACUAUGCCCUUCUCACGCCUUUCACCGAACAACAAUGCAGAAAUUCAUGCUUGAAUGACUGUUUCUGUGCUGUGGCAAUCUUCAAAGAGGGCAAAGAGUGCUGGAAGAAGAAGCUACCGCUCUCCCAUGGGCAAACCGGGUGGUAUCUUUCAUUGAAGGCUCUGAUCAAAGUC